UGCACUCAUCACAGCAGAGCCUUCACUGCGAUGCCAGCUGAACGCAGGGGAAUUGUCAAAUGUGAAGCCUCCUGACCAUUAUUGGACGUAAUUGCACUUUACGUGCUUCGCUUUUGAUUGCGACUUUGUAACCACUGAUCUGCUAUGGGCUACGUGGUUGUAUCGUGUCAGUCUGAAGAAGGUUUCAACUUCACCUAUUUUAAUUUUUAUUCCGAGUUCGACAGGUCCCUUACAGUGAAAGUGUUUGAGACUUUAUUCCUCUCCGUGGUGUUCUUGUUCUCCUGCUUGAUCAAUAUCUGCGCCAUUGUCUCUCUGGUUAAAAAGAAGACAAUGGUAACUGCCAACUGCUUUGUGCUGAACCUUUUCUGUUCGGACUUGCUGUUCAUCAGCAUGAUACCGCUCAUCUUAGUCGUCCGAUGGAGUGAGGAUUGGAUCUUGGGUGAUUUCUUCUGCCAUCUGCUGUUUUAUGUCAUCUGUCUCAGUGGUUGUGUUAUUCUGAUCUCCCUGUCUGCCGUGAGCCUGGAGAGGAUGAUCUGUAUUAUGAAGAUGUCCCAGGCCACCAACUAUAAUGUUAAAGUGGUGGCAAUAGGAAUGGCGACCAUCUGGUGCUUCUCAGCCUUGACCGCCUUACCCAUGUGUCUGUUCUUCAAUGUGGUAACACAGACCGUGAAUAAUAAGGAAGUCCAGGUCUGCACUCUUCUUUGGCCUUCGAUUACAGAAGAAAUUGCUUGGGAUAUUUCAUUCAUAGUUUUGGACUUCUUGAUACCAGGAUUAAGUAUAAUAAUCAGCUACACCAAGAUCUUCAAGAUCACAAAGGAAAUCAGUGAGCGGAUGAUCAGCAGUACGGCCUAUUCCGACGUCCACCAGUACCGGGUGUCCCAACGAGACUACAGGCUGUUCAGAACCCUCUUCAUGCUUAUGAUCUCUUUUUUUGUCAUGUGGACCCCCGUGUUUAUAAUUGUCCUUUUGAUUCUCCUGCAUAACCUAAGAAAGAACUUCAUCUUAUCGCCAACAGUUUUCUUCUGGAUUACAGUGUUUACGUUCUGCAACUCACUAGUUAAUCCAAUUCUGUACAACAUCAAUAUGCUGAAGCAGAAAUGGUGGAGGGUCAUUUUUUGUGGAAGUCCUGAGGAUAGUGUGGACACAGAGAUCACAAAUAACCAGAGACCAUGAACGGAAUGGCAAUCAAAAUGAUACACUGGACAGCACAAAAAAAUCCUGACAUUUCAUAUGGGCUCCAACAAAAAUUCUAUUCCAAUAUGUCUGUGAAGGUUUUCAUUCGUCCAGGUCAUGAUAAUUGGACUUUCUAUUCGAAAAAGCCAGUUGGGUGAAUAGCGAAAUGCCUUCAAGAGACAAUACAACAAGUUGCCCUGACUUAUCACUGCUGAUAUAUUACAUUCUCGCUUUCUUAUAACGUGUGUUCUGUUUUUGGGGUUUCAGGGUUGUUGGCACUCCAAAGGAUAUAGACUAGAAGGACCUACUGGUGGAAUGAAAUACCUCAAUGAUAUUAGGAUCCUGGGUGGUGUGGAACCUUAUUUACCCUGAUGACCAAUCAUCGUACAUAUGCUAUGCUUCAUUUUUCAGCUGAAGUUUUUGGAAUAGGCUCUUUUGAGAGACAGUUUUGAGACCUGGUGCUACCAUCUAGAGCUUAUUCAUAUGGGUAACUUUCUGUUUUGUAGAGCAAAAAAGAAAAAACCUCUUGUUAAGUUUACCUUCAGUGUCAUGGGCUCUUUUAUGUAUCUACUUUAUAUUGUUGCACUGCUCUUCUGUUUGAUCAGCAGACACCUCUAUUGAUAUACUCAGUUCUACCUUGACCUCUAGCACCAGCAAGCCUAGUCCCUUAGGGAACAUCUCCUUAUUUUGCAAGUGUUUGGCUGUUUUUGAAAAAGUACAUAAAUGAAGAAAGCCAUGCAUUGUGGCCACCUCUAUAGUCACAGUGGCCAUGGUACUAGGCAGGGGGGGGGGGGCAGUUAUUAGAAGUUAUUACUUCGCGA